UUAAGUCUUGGGUUGUCAUGGUGAUCACAAUAACAUACCGGUGAUUUGUUUUGUAAAUAAUAUUUUUUGCAUUAUCUAUAAAGGGAAUUAUACAUGAAAAUUAUGCGAUUGUUUUGAAAUUUAUGCAUCGAGGCUUAAAAUGUCCUCGAUACCGGAGGGAAAGAUUGAAGCUACUGUAGAGGUAACAUCUGAGCUUUCUGAGAGCUUGAAAUUAGAAUUGAAAAAGAAAAGAAGAAAACUUAAGGAGAAACGGGCAAAGUCAUCUACUGAAGAACAAAACUUUGAUUUUGAAGCUAUACAACCUGUGCCGGAUGAAGAGUCAAUCAUUAAGCAGGAUGCAGCUAAAAUGUUACCUAAAAUUUUGCCUAAAAUCACUGAGCGGCAGUUACCACUUCCACCUUUAGAUAAAAUUUCUUUGCAAGAUUCUUUGUACAAGCAGCGUGAUAGUGUUCAUGCUCUAAGACCCCUCCCACCACCUAGAAAAACCAAAAAGCUUUAUGAUUUAAAAGAGUCAACUUCACAUGACCAGAUUGAAGAAGAAUCUCCAGUUAAAGUUCCAACUUCUACUAUUGAAGAUGAAGCUGAUAAGAUUAUAGAAUUGCCUCCUGAAGCUGAUGAAAUUGAUGAAUAUGAUUUUUUCGUACGAGAAUGGGAAGCUGAACCAGAACCAAAAAUUGUGCCUUCUGAAAACAUUGAAACUGAUGGAACAUCACAGGAAGAUACUGAUUCCAUAAAUCUCAUUCAAAGAGAAUUGCAAGAAAAAUUUCAAAUUGUUGAUAUAGUUGAUCAUGAGCGUCCUUCAUAUAUUCCCUUCACUCUGAAAAUUGAAAAAGAGAAGAAUUCAUUUUUUCACCCUUCAUAUAAACCUGUUCCUAUAAAAAUGAAAUUGCCUGAGGGUGCUGAAGCCAGAAGUUUGGCAGAUGAAGGUUUCUUCUUGACUAAAAGACCAAAAGUACCUACACGAAAUGUUAAUAAAUUGGAGAAUAGAUUAGUUACGCAAAAGGAGUUCCAAUGGUUUGGAGAAGAUGGUUGCAUGAAAAUGUUGUCUAAUCCUGUCUACCAAAAUCCAAUUCGCCCUAUGCCUACUGAUAGUAUUGACUCAUUUCCAGAUCUGGAAUACGUUAAGGCCUCACUCAGUAUAGACAAGCAGACAUUGACUAGUCAGGAAAACAGAACUUCUCAACUAGAUUUAGAUAUUUCAUCAAUCUCCUUUUUACAUCACCCACUUUUUAGCACUGAACAUGUGCUAGAGGCUCGUUUGGUUCAAAUGUAUGAGAAACAUUUAAGCAAUGUGAAGAAAGAUGUUGUAAAUGUGUUGAAGCAAAAGUUGAAAGCCUUAAGAACUGCUGUCACAAAUUUAAAGAAUACUAUGCAGAAGGACAUGCAGGAGACAACUGUUAAUCAGGAGAGACAACUGCGUUUGAAGCAGUAUGAGAGAGAUAUAAGGCAAACAAAGAGAAUUAGAGAUUUAGCUGAAGUUGAGCAAAAAACUUUAUGGAAAAGCUUAUUAAAUAUUUGGGAAGAAUUAAAAGAUUGUCGGAAAACUCAGAGAUUCACUUCAACUUCUUUAAAUCUCACUGUUCACGAAGAAAAACUCAAUAAAUCUGCUGAAAAAGAAGAAUUUGAAAGAGAACUGUUAGAUGAAUUAGAAGAAGAAAUGGAAGAUUAUGAAGCUAGUUCUGGAAAACUGUUUACUGAAUAUGAAGAAGCAUUAAGCAAGUGGAAGCAAAGGAAUAAAGCAAUGAAAUUAGCUACCAAAAGACAGGAAAUGAGAGAAAAACUACAGUCUGAUUCACAACUGGAAGAUGACAGUGAGAUGGUUGAGGAUCUAAUGACAACAAAAGCUGAAGAUGAAAGACUUUUGUCCGAGCCUGAAAUUCCUAAGCCAAAACCUGUUCCCAAAUUUAAUUCUACAACUACCUUAGAAAAACUAAGAAGCAAUGCUGUUAAAAUGAGAAGAAAUCCAGGUGAACCAAUACUGCAUUUAACUGUGGACUAUGAUAUACCUAUAACACCAGAAAAUCAGUGUCCAAGAUAUGAAGUUCAACGGAGAAGUGCAGUUUCAAAACAGAAAAUAUACUUUAAAAUUAUGUUUAAUGAUAAAAAAGUGUUAGAAACUUCCGAAAGGAAUUUAACUCAAGAUUUCAAAGCUGUAUGGGGACAGAUAUUCAAAAUUCAAAUUGUACAUUAUCCUCAAAGUCUGCGGAUAGAGGUAUUUGAAAAGAGCUUUUUGAAUAGCAAUCAGUUAGCUGAGUUGUAUGUACCUAUUCCUACUCUUUCUCAAACUGCCUUAAAUGCUAAACUUGUGGAUCACCAGUUUAGCUCUGAUAAAGUUUAUCCUCCAGUAUACAAUGCUCUUGGAAGUGGUUUUUCUCAUAAAUUUAAAGAUGGAAGUGAAACCUUUUUAUUAACUAGUGGAACCUGCAAGUGUAGCCUUGUGUGGGGUGUCUCUGAUGAUGACGUUGUUUUGGCUCCUUCAAAACUUGCCAGCAAUAUAAAAUUCCUUGCUUGUUUUAGUGAAAGCAAAAAAGCAGAUCCUUUAUCAUGCCUGAACACUGAAAACUUCUCUGACAUCGAUAAAUUGCACAAGUGGAUUAAAAAAUCAAAUCUGGAUCCUCACAAUCCUGAAAAUGCUGCACUUUUUCAUUUUUUCCAGGAAUUAAAUUUAGAAGAAGAUAAUUCUGAAAAUAGUUUGGAAUGUUUUCGAUUGGAGCCCUUCAAAGAUGAACUUGAAUUUUGCUCCAUGGAUGAAAUUGAUAACAAUAAAAGAUUUCAACUCCUAAUGCUGAGAAAUCGCAAUGUUGCUGAAUAUCAAAAUCUGAAAAUGAUUCCAAUUAAUCAAGAAGAUGUAACAGAAGAUAUGUUAGAGAAUUUGAAAGAAAGAUCACAGCCCAACGAAGAAUCGAGAGAAGAGGAAGGGGACCAACUUCAAAGAGAACAAUCUAAAAAAGUUCUGAUGAAAGUUAGGGAAGAAGUUGCCAAAAGAUUUUAUGUUUCUCAGCAUCAAAAAUGUUUAGAAGAUAUAGUUACAGAGGAAAAAGUUCCUACUAUAGGGACUAUUGGUUUUAGUUUAUUGAAACUGUUUCAACCUAGACGUCCACUCUGUCCAGAGAGAAAAGAGCGAAAAAAGAUAGUUUGCUCCAAUACACACCUUGAUGUAAAGAUCAUAGUUAGAAUAUUGCAUGCUUCGAAUGUUCCUGUACGUAAAGAUUCAAGACUAGAAAAAGAAAAAAAUGAAGAAAAAGCUGCAGAGACUCCUUUUAAUUUUGAAAGUCAAGUGCAGCCAUUUGUGGAAGUAAUGUUUCAAAGGAUGGCAGUCAAAACAGGAAUUGCUGAUGGACCACAUCCAACAUGGAAUCAAGAACUUGAACUUCCAUUUCAAGCUCCAAAUGAUAAUUACUUACCUGCAAAUUUAGAAAGUGUGAAAGAUGUUAUUUAUAUAAAUUUAUUCGAUGAAGUUACUGUUGAUCUUUUAGAAAGCGAAAAAGAAAGAGCUAGUAUUGUUUAUGAGCGACUAGAAAGGAGGUGGCUGGGAAACUUGAAAAUUCCAUUUACAACAUUAUAUUUAAAUUCAAAGAUUGAGGGUACAUUUCGACUUAAUGUUCCUCAGGUUUUACUAAGCUAUGAAAAUGAGCCUAGGCCUUGGCUCACUGGCUUAUCGAACUUGUCUGGUAAUCAUACUUACAUAUCUUUCUUCAUGACUAUAGAGCCUUGUUUGCAGUUACCUGAAAUUUUCAGAGAUCAGUUUGAUAGUGCAGAGCCUGAGAAAGUAUUAUUAGAAGUGGAAAAAUGGCGUCAGUCUGUCAUUCCUCGAUAUCCUGAUCGUUUAAUAAAGCUUAUGUCUGUUGAUCUCAGUGGAAAAUGGAUGUUUGUAACCAGAUUCUUGAGAUCGAUCGCUCCUCCUGAAGAACUUUUAGGAUAUAAUAAAGAGUCAAUGGAAGCAAUGGAAAUGUUGGCUCGUUUUGUAUCUUUAAUUCCAACUGUUUCUGAUAGUGUGACAUUUCCUGGAUUAUGUGACAUUUGGAGCACUUCUGAGCAAUUUUUGCAAAUGAUGACUGGCGAUGAGGAAGAACAUGCCAUCUUAUUGUGUAACUAUUUUCUUCACCUUGGAAAGAAGGCCAUGCUUCUUCUGGGCUCUGGUAUACCUGAAGGGCCGACAGCAUAUGUUGUAAUGUGGGAAUCAUCUGUUAAUAUCUUAGUGUGGAAUGCUACUACCGGAGAUUAUUUCAACAUUCGUGACAACCACAGCCCUCUACAGAGUGUUGGAUGCUUAAUCAGUACUGAUAACGUAUGGGCCAAUAUUCAGAAAAACAACCAUCCUUCUAGAAUAAAUUUUGAUGUAAAUAAGACAAGCGACUGGAAGCCAUUUUUCAGCAGGAGUUUUCCCAACCCUGGGUUAAGAAGCAUACAGCCAACAGCCUUAGCUUACACACCUGCAGAUAUUGAAGCAUCCCAGAUUCUUCAAGAUUCUUUACAAAAUAUCUUAAAAGAGAGUAUUGAAAAAUGGAGACAGAAAAGUACAACUGUAAUAUGGAAUAGUAACUGCAACAAAAUUUUGUAUAAAAUUCUAACAAGGCUUGAAAGAAACUUCGGAAGAACUGCCAGUGAUGACUCUUUACAAGAAUUGGAACAGCUUUUAAAAAUGUAUAAGAUUGAUGGUUUUCCUCUGUCAAUGCCUUACACAGAUUUGGAUGAUGUUGUGGAAACUGUUUUUGCAACAGGUGUUCAUCUCAAUGAGGACCAAAGAGCAGAAUUUUCAGUCGCUGUUUAUAUUCAUGCAUAUCCUAGUUCUGUAUUGGCUGUGUGGGUCUAUGUUGCUGUAUUAGUUCCACAUAAAACUCUACAUGAAGAAUCAGUGACAUCUGAUUAAAAUUUGUAAGCAGUACUAUUAGUUGUAACAUCAACGAUAUAUACUGGAAGAGUGAAAUAUUAUUUUUAGAGAUUAUUUAUUUUCAGAUCCUACACUAGCGGCUGCUUACA